UAAACAAAAUGUAAGAAUAAAUAAAACAAGUUGUGGUUGUAUAUUUGGGUAAUUUUGCGAAGUCUCUUUCCUUUUCUGAUUUGAGAAGUGAGGCGUUGUUGAGAGAGAAAAGAGGCAAAGAAAAAAAAGUUAGGGUUUUGAGUUUUGAAUCAGAGAGUGGGGGGUUUUUUUAAUGGAAGAAAGUUCUUCUGAUGAGAAGAACACAAAUAUGGAUGAGUCCUUAUUAGAUGAUAUCAUACAAAGAUUACUAAAUGUUAAGAAUGGAAGAACACCCAGAAGAUGUUAUCUUACCGAAUCAGAAAUUCAGCAGCUUUGUAGAAAUUCAACAUCUAUCUUCCUCAAUCAACCAAAUCUUCUUGAGCUCAAACCUCCUAUUAAAGUUUGCGGUGAUAUUCACGGCCAGUAUUCUGAUCUUCUCCGUCUUUUUGAAUGUGCUGGACCACCUCCUGAGACAAACUACUUGUUCCUGGGUGACUAUGUUGACCGAGGUGAACACAGCAUAGAGACAAUUUGCCUUCUUCUCGCCUACAAAAUCAAAUAUAAGAAUAAAUUUUUCUUACUUAGAGGCAAUCACGAGUCUGCUUCUAUUAACCGUAUAUAUGGAUUCUAUGAUGAGUGUAAGAGGAGAUUUAAUGUCCGUCUUUGGAAGACUUUUUGCGACUGCUUUAACUGCCUACCAGUAGCUGCUUUAGUUGAUGGAAAGAUCUUCUGUAUGCACGGUGGAUUGUCUCCUCACUUGAAGAAUUUUGAUCAGAUAAGGGAUAUAUCUCGUCCGGUGGAUAUACCAGAUGAGGGACUUCUCUGUGAUCUACUCUGGGCUGAUCCUGAUAAGGACUUCGAUGGUUGGGGGGAGAAUGACAGAGGUGUAUCCUGUACAUUCGGGUCUGAUAAGAUAAAUGAAUUUCUUGAAGACCAUGACCUUGACCUGAUUUGCCGAGCUCACCAGGUUGUGGAAGAUGGGUAUGAAUUCUUCGCGGAUCGACAGUUGGUUACCAUAUUCUCUGCUCCAAAUUAUUGUGGGGAGUUUGACAAUGCUGGUGCUGUGAUGAGUGUGGAUGCAGAUUUGACUUGUGCAUUCCAGAUCCUUCAACCUUCUGAUAAGAGAAUGAAAAUUGGAUUCGGUAACAAGAAGUUGAUACCUGGAACACCACCAAAGAAGAGUAAAAAGGAACGACUAAUGGAAGAAGAACCAACUUCAUAAAUACUACAACGGGUUCAUGGUAUAUCUCCUGCUGGCUACUUUCAUCAUCAAGAUAAAGCUAUUAUAACCUUAUAGAAAGACUCAGGAUUUGCUGCAAUGACAAGUUUGCAGAGGAAAUGACCUAAUUCUCGCAUUGUUGGAUUUUUUUUGUUGUCUUAGUUUGUAAAUCUUCUAUCAAUUGUUGUACUAUUUUUUACACAUCUAACUAUCAGGUUCUGCUUUUGGGUUCAAUUGGCAAUUUUUUAAUACU